UGCCAUAUAACCUUUCUUUAAUGUAUCUUAACAUAUCGUUACGCUAAUGUUUUAGUAUGAUUUAAUACUCUUGGCUACACUACAAAAAUUAAGUAAACUCCUCCUCGUCAGCUACUCAGUAAAUUUUGUCAGUUCUUUGCCCCAGAGCUGAUUAGAAGACGAGGAGGUAUGAAGGUUCUGCAGACCUGUGUGUCAGAGUCUAAGCUGCUUCCUUUAGAGAGCCAGGCAGACUUGGCCAUGGACCAGGUCACAUUUAGAAGUGACACUGUUCUAUCUGAUGUGCACCUGCUGUUACCGAACGCUUGCCAUCUCAUGAAGAGACUGAACAGCGUAGGACAGCCAGUCUUCACUUCGAAGUUCAGGAUUCUGCGCGAUUGCGAUGGAAAGGAGUCAAGCGGUGAGUCGCCUGUCCGUGAGAGCACAGUUGCAUCGAAUGUUCCUCUGGAUGAAGAUGGGGACCUGGAUGUGCUCAGAAGGCCCAGAAGCUCCAGCAGUAACAGGGAUGCGGUAUGUCCCAUUAUCUUAAGUCAAUCUGCAGCAACGCUGACUGACGAGGAGGAAGAUUCAGAAGAGGAGGAUGGCGCCCGUGACGUCAUUAGGGUCGAGCAUACUAUGGCGACACCUCUGGAGGAUGUAGGGAAACAGAUCUGGCGUGGUGCUUUCCUAUUGGCCGAUUUCAUCCUGGCACAAGCCAGCAUGUUCACAGGCGCCACGGUCCUCGAGCUUGGAGCUGGAACGGGACUCGCCAGUAUUGUCAUGGCAAUGGUGGCCAAGACGGUGUACUGCACAGAUGUUGGCGAUGACCUUCUGAGCAUGUGUCAGAGAAAUGUGACUCUGAACAAGCAGCACUUUGAACCCCAAGAGAGCGAAAUAAGGGUGCGGCAGCUGGACUGGAUGGCAGAUGAUCUCUGCACAGACGCUGAUUUGGAUUUCUGCUGGACUGACGCAGAAAUAGGGGACUUGCAUGAUAAUACCACUUUUGUGAUCGCGGCAGAUGUGUGUUAUGAUGACGAUCUUACGGAUGCUUUGUUCAAAACAUUAUACAGACUUGCGAGCAACAUGCGGCACCCCAUCACAACCUACAUCUCCAUAGAAAAGAGAUUAAACUUCACACUGAGACACAUGGACGUGUCCUGUGAAGCAUAUGAUCACUUCCACCACUGCCUAGACCAGUUACAGCAGAUGACAGAUGGAAAGAUGAGUUUCAUUGUAGAGCCUGUCAAGAGCUCCUUCCCUCAGUUCUUCCAGUAUGAAAGGGUGGAACAGCUGGAACUUUGGAAGGUGACGGCAGAGAGACUUUAAUCUAUAGAACCAAAGGUUUUCAGCUUCCUUUUAACGCCAGGAUUUAUAUUUUAAUGUUUGCAGAAUUAAUCUUUUGUUUUUGUUUUUUUUCUAUUUUACUUAAACGUGAAAUUUAAAGUCCUUAGUCCUUAAUUUGCUUAAAAGUUAUUUAUUUAAAACUUUAAUAAAAACAAAAAAAAACAAAAAAAAAGUUUUAUCAGUGAAGGCUUUUCACUGUUCAUGUGAAAACGAGUGCUUAUGAAUGUUUUAUUGUUACAUGCUUUAUGAGUUUUUCAAAGGAUCAUUGGGAGAGACUUUGGGUUAAUACUGUUGGCAUGUUUUGUGAAUUUUUGAAAACAAACACUGAAUGUAUUGUUGUUGGGGUAGUAUAUUAUUACCUAUGCAAAAACUGUGUUUUGGCAAAUAUACAUUUUAAGAUGCUGAUGAUCAUCCAUUAGUAGAUCUGUAGAACUCUGAAGAUCAGUGUAAUUCCAUUCAAUUGAAUUAUGCUUGAGCUCACAUGUUAGUGGAUAUGUGUUUUCUAAACUAAUAAAAUGGUUUAAUGA